GGACUUCAACCAAACUUAAUUGAGGAGAGAUGAGAACCCAAAUCCACUGUUGGGCUGCAUCCGAUGGAGGCGUGCUGCGCGCUGCAUCCGGAGGCUGCGGAGCCACCGGUCCUGCACCACCACCACCAUCGUCGUUCUCCGUCGGCGCCGCCGGCGCUGCUCGCGGUGUACGACGGCGGCGGCGACGACGUCGGCGCGUACGCGGACAUCUCGCCCUCGGCGGCGGGCCCGCGUCGCGAGGCGUCGGAGGCGGCGCUCGAGGCGCGGCUCGCCGCGGUCGAGGCGCGGCUCGAGGCGAAGGCGGCGCCGGCCGACGCGGCCGGCGGCGGCGACGCGGCGCCCCUGGGCCACGGGUACACGUUCCGCGUCCAGACCAUGCUGCUCUACGACGCGACGUCGCCGACGCUGCUCCUCCACCUGGGCGCGUGCGUCGCGGUGAAGAUGCUGCAGCUCGUCGCGCUGCAGGCGGUCUGGCAGACCAUCUUCUUCCCCAUGGACUUCCAGCGCCGCGUCGCGGGCGACGACGCCUUCGACGACGGCUACCCCGCCUUCCAGGGCGGCAUGCCCUUCCCCGUGGACUACCAGUCCCUCUUCUCGAGGCACAACCACAACGGCGGCGUCGGCGUCGACGGCGUGAACUGGGUCGUCCUCUUCGUGCUCGUCUUCUGCAGGGCAGCAAAAGGGUGCGACAUUCCCAACUUCAAAGGCUCCUAUCUCGGCCGUUUUCCACUCGUCUUCUGCUGCUUCUGCGCGACGCUCGCGACGGUGCCGGAGCUCGACAGCGUCAAGGCGGGCUUCCUGCUCCUCGCCGAGCGGGCCCACGCGUGCCUCGUCGACCGGAGCGAACUCAGUGGCGACGUCGCGUUCCGCCUCGCAAUGUGCUUCCUCGUCCACCUCCUCCGCGUGACGCUCUUCUGGUAUUAUUUGGACAUCCAGGCCCAGCUCUUCGGCACGACGGACGGGCCCCUCGACCUCCUGCUCAACUCGCUCGCGCUCGGCUUCGUCCUCGAGGUCGACGACGUCAUCACCUACGACGGGCCGAGCUCGAACCUCUUCGGCCUCGACCUCUCGGAGCGGCACCGCGCGGAGGCCUCCGAGCGCGGCGCGCGGGUCCGGGCGACGCUCGCGGCCGCCGCGGCCCACGUCCGCGGCGCCGGCGCCCGCGUCCGCGGGGCCUACUUCGCCAUCCCGACGGCGUGCACGCUCGCCGUCGGCUCGGCGACCUUCCUCAUCUCCUUCAAGAUGCAGCGCUACACGACCAACGGCGACUUCGUCACCAUCGACGACGACUCGCCCCUCGGCAAGAAGCACCCGCAGCUCACCCACCUCUACAACUGGAUGCUCUACGUGGCGCUCGCCGCGAUCGUCGUCAACAUCCACUCCGUCGCGUUCAUCGUCGCCGAGUCCUACGACCGGGCCAAGCACCGACGCGCGGAAAUCGCCGUCGCCGUCGGCCGCGCGCUCUUCGACUUCCACUUCUGCGCCCUCUUCCGCGUCUGCGUCGUCCAGUACCUCAUCGGCCGGCUUUUCAUGUUCAACCAGAGCACGACGACCUUCUCCCUCGACUUCUGGAAUACCCUGAACCCCGCGCCCGACCGCGCCAACGGCUCCGACGCAUAAGGCCCGGCG